AUGACCUUUACCUUGAAAGGACUGAACUUCAGAAGUUUAUAUUGCCUCUCGCAGACGCUUCACCCAGCACAGCUAAGUGUUUCCACAGAUCCCUUACAGUUCCAGAACCUUCACCAGAGACACAUCCAUGUUGGGGACAGAGCUGAACUUACCAAGGCUUUUACCAAGAGCGAUGUUGCAGCGUUCUCAGAGUUAACCGGCGAUGCAAACCCGCUUCACCUGGAUGAGGAUUUUGCCAGAGCGACUCCGUUCGGAAGGCCGAUUGUGCAUGGUGUGCUGAUCAAUGGACUGAUCUCCGCGGUCCUGGGCACUAAAAUGCCUGGGCCUGGGAGCAUCUUCCUCUCUCAAGAAAUCCGCUUCCCAGCACCCCUGUACCUGGGGGAGGCAGUGCUGGCAGCAGCGGAGGUCACACAUAUCCGCAGAUCCUUCGCCUGGAUUUCUGUUUCAUGUUCAGUAAAAGACAAAAUUGUCAUGGAAGGAGUGGUAAAGGUAAUGGUGCCAGGGGUUGAACAGAGCUAG